GGCAGUGCCGCGGUGCGGGGGCGGGCGGCCCGAGCGGAGCGGAGCGGGGCGCGAUGGGGGCGGCGCGGCCGCAGUGAGCCCGGCGGGGAGCGGAGCGGAGCGGGCACGGAGCGGGCACGGAGCGGGGCCGAUGGCGUUCAGCGCCUGGCAGAUCCUCUCGCCGGUGCAGUGGGCCCGCUGGACAUGGUCUGCGGUGCGGGGCGGGGGCAGCCCCGAGGAGGGCGACGGGGCUGCUGGCGAGGAGGAGGAUGAUGAUGAUGAGGAGCAGGACCCGCCGGCGGGGGGCUCGGCCCUUGGCUUCAGCUCGGACUCCACCGAUAAUUUUGAGACCCCUGAAGCACAAACACCGGCCUGCUCGCCCCUCAAGGAGUUCUGUGAGCCCCCAGGAUCGCCAGAGCCUGAGGCCAGGAGCCAAGAGCCAGGUGGCCAUGGUGACCUGCUGGUAGGGGAAGCCCACUGGCACAGCUCGCCUGGGAAGCCCCCCAAAGAUGAGGCCCAGCCAGAGACUGGAGCCCCUACAGCCAGUUUGGAUGCUAAAGGGGAAACUGAGCCCGACAACUCACCCCUGAUUCAGCCCUUGGGCUGCCAGGCUGACCCUGGGCACUCUGCUGGGGAGCCUGUGCCCCACGUAGGCACUGCCACCAUGCCAGCAGGCGACACUGGCACGGGGCUGCUGGAGCUGAGGGGUGAUGCCCUGGGCCAGGAGCAGCUCGGGAAAGGGAAAACACCUUCAUUGGGGAGGAAAACAGAUGAAACCACAGAGGAGACCCAGCUUGAGCAGCACGAGAGGAGUGUGAGCCCCUGCCAGCUGCAGAGCUCUGCCCCAGCAGCCCCACAACGCCUCCCCCAUCCCAGUGAACUGGGGGGGGACCCGGCUCUGGAGGCCCCAGGGCAGGUCCUGAAACCUGGGGCUGAUUGUACAGAGAGUGUGGAGGCCAAGCCAUCUUCACCCAGGAGGGGCAGCAGGAUCCCAGCCAGCAAGCUGACACCCAGGAGACGCAGAGAGUCCCCCAAGAGAGCAGCUGAGGAUGCAGAGAGGGGUCCCACAGAGCCACCCCCAGCCCGGGGCUCCUCCCAGCUGGCUCCCAGCCUCAGCUCUCACAGUGGCAGCUCAGCACUGCAAAACUCACCAGUUCUCCCCAAGGGCUCUUACCAGUUUGACCCCAGUAACUUUGACUCCAUGGAUCCAUUCAAGCCCACCAAGACUCUUGCCAACUGUGACCCUGACUCCUGCUCCACUGCAGACAACAGCCUCAAUGAAAUCCUGGAAUCUCAGACCCUGGAGCUGCAGGAUGAUGCCCUGAAAAGCAGAGACUCCCCCAAGAAGCCCAAGUCACGCCUGAUAACGACUACUGAGCAAGUGAAAUUUCUCUGUUUUCUGUUGAGUGGAUGCAAGGUGAAGCAGCACGAGGCGCAGCAGCCCCUGGCCCUGGACAUCAGUGCUCAGGAUGAAGGAGUGUUGAUCUCAGAGCUCCCAGACAUUACAAACCGGGAUGGCCGUGCCACUGAUGAGGAGAAGUUGGCCUCCACCACCUCCGUGCAGAAACCAGCAGGGCUGGAGAAGAAGGCAGAGGCAGAAGAUGACCUGGAGUACUUUGAGUGCUCCAACGUGCCUGUGUCCUCAGGGAAGCACAGACCAGAGGCAGGUUUUGAAAAGGAGCUCUGCAAGCAGAUGGAAAAGGGAGGGCCUGGCAUCUUCCCUGACAAUCCCGGGCUGUGCUCCAUGGACAAGUGCCCCAGCGUGAGCAGCAGUGACAGUUCCCUGGCUGGCAUCUGCCUCAGCGAGUCCGAGAAGGCAGCGGUGCUCACGCUCAUCAGAGAGGAGAUCAUCACCAAGGAGAUCGAGUCCAACGAGUGGAAGAAGAAAUACGAGGAGAGCCGGCAGGAGGUGCUGGAGAUGAGGAAAAUCGUGGCUGAGUAUGAGAAGACCAUUGCCCAGAUGAUAGAGGAUGAGCAGAGGACCAACAUGACAUCUCAGAAGAACCUGCAGCAGCUCACCAUGGAGAAGGACCAGGCUCUGGCAGACCUGAACUCGGUGGAGAGGUCCCUGUCGGAUCUGUUCAGGAGAUAUGAAAACCUGAAGGGCGUCCUGGAGGGAUUUAAGAAGAAUGAAGAAGCUCUGAAGAAAUGUGCUCAAGAUUACCUGACCCGUGUCAAGCAGGAGGAGCAGCGCUAUCAGGCCCUGAAAGUCCACGCAGAAGAAAAAUUAGACAAAGCCAACGAGGAGAUCGCCCAGGUGCGCGCCAAGGCCAAGGCGGAGAGCACGGCGCUGCACGCGGCGCUGCGCAAGGAGCAGAUGAAGGUGGAGUCCCUGGAGAGAACCCUGCAGCAGAAGAACCAGGAGAUCGAGGAGCUGACCAAGAUCUGCGACGAGCUGAUAGCGAAACUGGGAAAGUCAGACUGAGCCUCAGCACCCCCUCCUCGCCCAGCACUCUGCACUUGGCUGCUUCUCUCGUGACCUUGAGCACCUUGCCUUACCCUGGGCUCCCUGCAGGAAAGCUCCCAUGUCCAGCUGCCCCUUGGCUGCCAGACCUGUGGCUCCUGAGCAGGGCUGCUCCCCUCUCUGUGUCUGUCUGCUUCCCACAGCUCCAGGCUGGGAUCCCUGCAGGCAGCCUGGGAAUCAUCCUGGGCUCAGCUUGGGAAUCCUGGGUUUAGCCUGGGAAUCAUCCUGGGCUCAGCCUGGGAAUCAUCCUGGGCUCAGCCUGGGAAUCCUGUGCUCGCCUGGGAAUCCUGGGUUUAGCCUGGGAAUCAUCCUGGGCUCAGCUUGGAAAUCCUGGGCUCAGCCUGGGAAUGAUCCUGGGCUCAGCUUGGGAAUUCUGUGCUCAGCCUGGGCCUGUGUCCCUCUCUGGGCCUGUGUGUCCCUCCCAGGGUGUGCUGCCCUGUCCCUCUGCACCUCUCAGGUGGGAGGUGACACCCUGGGCUCUGUCCCCCGUGGCUGGGCUGUGUCCCCACUGCACUCUCUGUCCCUGAUUGUCCCCAUGGGCUCAGCAGAGCAGGUCCAGCCACUGGUGGGUCCUGCCCUGGGACAUGGGGGGUGACAGGGGGGGACCUGCUGGCUCCUGCACUGGGUUUGGCUGGUGUCUGGUUGGUGGGGGAAGCACAGCACAGCCUCUCCCUGCCCCUGGCUGUGCCAGCCUCAGAGGAAGGGAGCUGACAUCUCUGCAUUCGUGCACUUUAUGAGCAUUUAUGGGCGCUUGGGCUCUCUGCUCACUCCUUCCAGUCAGGCAGGACUUGUUCCCCCCAGAGCAGUCACACAGCCUGCAGUACCUUCAGGUGAGGGGAUGCAGGAGGUUUCUGCACCAAGAGGUGUUUGAGAAGCAAACAGAUGCUUCUCAAAUGGAGAUGUUGGUUCUGGAGGGCUGGGAGUGCCCAUCCAUCCUCCCUGUGCCCACCCUGGCCCCUGCAGGGGGGCUCUCUGUGCCAUGCUGAGAUCAGGGCUCCCUUUCAGAGGAAGGAGCUGAACCCUGAUGUGCCUCUGGGUGCUGCAGUAGCUGCAGUGGUGCAGGAUUCUCUGCCUUGAAUGGAUAGGUGUGAAAUAAGGGAAAUAUUUGCAGUUUGGACUGUUUCCUGCCCAGCCUGUUGAACACUUUCACAAACCUUUUUGCUGCUACCUUUUUGUAACAGAAUUGAGCUCUUCUCCUUCUAUUUUCUAAUUCCCCGUGUCGAGCAUGCAGAGCAAACAGCUGUUUAAGCCAGAGCCAUACACUUGAUUAUAUUUUAUUAGUUAUAUAAUAUAGAGAGAGUUUAUUCUACACUUAAGCAAAGGUGUCAGCAGCCUCCCCCAGCACACAGCUCCCCAACUUCAGUUCUCCAUGUUCUUCCCUGUUCCCCAGUUAUCCCAGUGACAGACUGGUCAUGGAAACCAGUGGCUGACACCACUCAAAGCAGUGCACCUGUUGCUUGUGCUGGAUAUUCACCCUUGCACAGUUGGCAGAAAAGAAAAACCCCUUUUUCCCCUUUCUUUUUAACCCCUUUGACCUCCCCAUAUGUCCCCUCCUGGACUGGUGAAAAACCUUCAGUCCUGUGAUCAACAAGGACUAUUCCUGUUCCCAUUUGGGAGUCUGUGCAGGUAAAACAAACCCCUGAAACCCUGAGAUUUCUGGGGCAGAAAAGGCUUUUUUUCUCUUGAGGAAGCAGAGUGCAGCAUUGCAUCACCUCUUAGAGCUGGAGACAGGGCUGGUUUCUGGUUUGAGCCUUGGGGCAUUGCCCUGUCCAGCCCACAGCAGCACCCACAGUGCUGAUGGAUCAUUGCAGAAUUUAUAUUUUACCACAUCCCCAGAGCCCUGCCCUGCACACAGCAGUCACUGGGGGCUCUCUGCAAAGCUGUGACCCACAGGACACAGCCCUCCAUCCCUCCUGUCCCCACCCAGUCCUGCUGUGCCACCUCCCCUCGCCCGUCCUGUGCACCCCAGCCUGGGCAAAGAAGAUUCCUAAGGAAUGAUUUAUUAACUAUAAUAUGGUUGUAGCUCCAGAUAUAGAUAUAAAUACAUAAUGGCUAUGGUGAUGUAAAACAGAAGGUGUUUGCUGGGAUGGCUGCACCUCUGGGUGAUGGGGUGGUGUCAGGGAUGGCACAGGGAAUGGCACAGGGAAUGGCAGGUCCCUGUGAGUGCUGUCACAGCUGGGUGUGUGUUUGUCCCCUGUUCCUUGCAUUAGGCUUUAAAUGCCCUUUUGGCAGCAGCAGCAGGCCCUGCCCCUGCUGCUGCUGUGUUGCUGUUUGCAGUGUGUGUUUGCCAGCAGAUCUGUCUGUAACCAAGUGCCAACCAGUGACCCCCAACUACUGAUCCCUCCCCUGUGCCUCCCCCAGGCAGGAAAUUCCUCUGCAUUGGCUCCCUCUGCUUCCAGCCAUGUGUGUAACUGCCAUUGCCAUCGGUUUUAUAUGUAUGAUAAUUUCCCUUUUAUAUGUCAGGUAAAUAUUUGUAAGAGUUAUACUCACACAAAUGAGAUUAUUAUUAUUAUUAUAAUGAUUACUAAUAUAUUUUUUUCCAUGUUUCAUUGCCUGAGUAAAAACUGUGUUUAUCACUCUUGAAA